AUGAAGAUGGAGGCUCUACUCGAAGUCAAAGCAUCACGAAAAAACCGCGACCAAGCCGUUCGCGUCACACUGAAUCGUGGUUUGCCAAUCUCCGAUCUGAUUAGCCAGCUGUCUGCGACGGAAACGCCAAACCUGAAAUCCGGUGCAUCCGAGAUUCAACAGGGCAGGAAAAGCUCAAAGGCGGCUAAGCGCUCGUUUCUCCAGCUGAAGAAACAAGAAGUCGACGAUGAUUUUGUUGUGCUCCCACCGACCCCGCCAGAGAGUGUCAAGGCCAGCAGCAGCGACUUUUCCCUAGGGCUCUGCUGCACGCCCACACAACGAGGUGUAGUCGCCCACAUGGUGUAUAACAUGGGUACAUACACAGAUGCGCAAGCGGCGGAUAUGCUGGCGCAAUAUCACCAAGUUCCGGAACUUGCCCUCUUUGCCUCGACUGAAGAUCCGGAGCGAGUUCUCUACAAAGCUGGCCCAGCCGACGUGAGAUAA